CUGAGCUGCAGCAUGCUGUCGGGAGACCAUACCCGUGUGAGAUGUUGCCUGAUUCAAAAUGUCGAGACAUAAUUACCGGUUGGCAACCCGGUAUACCGGGCUUCUGCCAUCCUGGACAUAUUGGUUUCAGCGUUGGAGCAAGCAGAGUCAGAUAUGCUACCUUGCAGGUCCACUGGAUUAACCCGCUCAGAAGGACAGGCAUGACAGACUCAUCAGGAAUGGCCCUUUACCUUACACCAAAUUUACGAGAAUUCAAUUUAUCCCACUUAAGAAUAGGCGAUAUCUCCUUUUCAGUUCCCCCAAAAGAGAAAUCGUUUUCAUUAACAGCAAAUUGUGCGUCUGCAUGCACAGCAAAGCAUCUGACGGGACCAAUAAAUGUCUACCAAGGGUUCGAUCACAUGCAUUAUACAGGUAGAGAGAUCAAAUUAACACUAAAACCACAAGGAACGGGACCGGAAAGGACUCUUUGGAAUAAUCCUUUUUUCUCGUUUCAAACUACUGUGUUUCAUAAAAUGGAAAAUCCUGUACAGAUAAGACCAGGAGAUUCGUUACAUACGACUUGUAACUAUAACACGGAAUCGAGAAAUAAGACCACAUUCUUUGGACAACGUGCAACAGACGAAAUGUGCUUUGCUUUCCUGCAAUUCUACCCUGCUGAAAACGCAUUACAAACUGGGUGUACGAGCGAGGCAGGUUUACCGCAAUGUCAAGUGAGGGAUUCAAAUGCCGUGAUCGACGGCUGUAGAAUGUCCUUUACGUCAAGUCCAGAUCUUGAAGUCAUGAAAAAAUUCCUGAAAGACAACUGCAACCCAUUACAAUGCCUCAAAGAGUGUAUAAAUGUGGUAAAAGCCAUCAGAAAGCAUCCAUGCUUCCGGAAAGAAAAUAUCAGAAAACUAAUAGAAGAAAGACUAGUUCAAAUGAAUCUUUUUGAAUCGCUAGCCCAUUUCCAUUCAUGUGACGUAGAAAUAGCUAAGGAGGAAGCAAUGUGCCAAGGUAUUCAAGCUAGCCCAAGUGUAAAAUCCACAAGGUGUCUCUGUAACAAACGGCCAUACCUUAGGUGGAUACAGUGACAUUUUAAAGAUAAAAUGGACAUUGACCUUAACGGGUUAUAUGGGAAAUUAACCAUAACGGAUAAUAUGGUAUAUUAACCAUAACUGAUAAUAUGGUCUAUCAUACUUAACGGAUAAUAUGGACAUCAACCUUAACGGAUAAUAUGGUAUAUUAACCAAAACGGAUAAUAUGGAGAUUAACCUAAAUAGAUAACAUAGACAUUUACCUUAGCGGAUAAUAUUGACACUAACGGAUAAUGUGGUUUAUUAACCUUAACGGAUAAUAUGGUUUAUUAACCUUAACGGAUAAUAUGGACAUCAACCUUAACGGAUAAUAUGGACAUAAACCUUAACUGAUAUUAUAGAAAUUGACCUUAGCGGAUAAUAUAGACAACUACUCUGUUGAAUGAAAUCCCCAUGAAAUAUUGGAUGCACUUCCCAUGGGUACAACAAACAACGGAAUUUCUUCUCGAACCAACACUCUCUCCCCUGAUUUUUUUCAUCAUGAGGAUCGAUCAAAUAUCAACAAACACAAAUCUUGACAUAAUGUGUGCACGAUUCUUACAAGAUUAUAUCAUGAAGAUUUUGAAAGCUGAAAAGAUAUUUUCAUUCCAGUCCUUUAUAUCAAUACGACAAAAUGCAAAACUUGAACGAAACAAAUAUAAUAAAUUUGUUAUACGAUCUCAUGCAUCUACGUUAUCAAAUUAUAGCAUUUUAUUAUAUCGAUAGGAGAUAAAAUGAUGCAUUUAUGCCGUCAUCAUGAUGUAAUUUACUUCAUAUGUCAAUAUGCAAAUAAAAAUGUAUUACUGUAGCAUUACAGUGACGUACAUCAAAGAUAUAUGCACAGUUGCUACAAGUCAUAAUAAAGGGAUGUUUACACAUGUAUGCAUCUUAUUUAGUCUGAGUGUUUUAAAUUAUUUAAUAUCUAUCUUAAAUGUGAUAUUGCAAUUAAAUUAAAUUACAUCUUUGAUAUUAAGAUGGAGAAAGGUGACCAGACAUAAAUGAAGAAUUUUACUUCUAUUCUGUAACACUGUAUACUGUUUAUGUGGUACACAAACGAGGAGUUAAAGUUAUUUCAUACAGCGUCAUGUAAGUGUAUAUGGUUUG